GUGUCGUGACCUGGCGGAAGUGUUCGCGAGGCAGCUGGCCCGACACAGAGAGGGGCCGUGCGAGCAGGGCAGAGAGAGAGGGGAAAAACUAAGGCCGAAAGAAUUUAGGAUGCACCCCCUGGGGUUGUUAUACCAAGACGCUCCUAUUGCAAAAGCUGCUGUUGCAAAGAAAUAAAAAAAUUUUAUAAGAUAAUGGAUGGAGAAGAGAAAACAUAUGGUGGGUGUGAGGGCCCAGAUGCUAUGUAUGUGAAGUUAAUAUCCUCUGAUGGCCAUGAGUUCAUUGUAAAAAGAGAGCAUGCAUUAACAUCAGGAACAAUAAAAGCUAUGUUGAGUGGACCAGGACAGUUUGCAGAAAAUGAAACAAAUGAGGUGAAUUUUAGAGAGAUCCCAUCCCAUGUCCUAUCCAAAGUAUGCAUGUAUUUCACCUACAAGGUCCGCUAUACUAACAGCUCUACGGAGAUUCCUGAAUUCCCAAUUGCACCUGAAAUUGCACUGGAACUUCUGAUGGCCGCAAACUUCUUAGAUUGUUAAAUAAAAUAAAUUAUAAUAAAAAUGUAAACUUUUUUCAGUAUUUAAUACCUGUAGUUCAGUUAGUUACUUUUUUUUUCAGAUAGCAUGUUGCGUGUGUGCUGUUGAGAACUGUAAAGUUCACUGCAGAGGCAAUUGCCUUCAGUUCUUUUGCAUAUAGCAAUCAUUCAGUUGAAAUUUGUUUUGCUGCUUACACAAAUAAGGACCUUUUCACAAACUGAGACAAAUAAACAAAUAUGCCAAUUAGUAGAUGGCUAUGCCUUAUCCUUUAGGUGUGGUAGAACUUUUUUUUUAAUAUAGUGACUGUAUAAAAUACAGGAGUUUAGGCUAAUGCUCUCUAAAAGGUAACUAGCUAAAUACAAAUAGCUGUUUAAGUUUUCUAAAUUUCUUUUAUUGUUGCAGUUUUUAAACAUCUGAACUUAAUCUCCUUUAUAAGAUAGCUGUCCUUUAGCAUAGUUAAACUAACUAGAUUAGAACUGCCCUCUCUAGAGUUUAUAUACUGACAGCAAUAUUCCAUUUAGGUUUAAAGUGGAGUAUGUAGGAGAAUGUUUAAGGCUUUUAUUUAAAAUCAUGGUAUAGACAUGUGAAAAAGUGUACUUGAUAAAUUUUUCUUUUGUAACCUAAAUUUUUUCCCUUUAUCAAUUAAAAAUACUCAAGUCACUUGCCUGUAUAUUAAGUCUGUGACCCUACUGACAGUGGCUUUUAAGGGAAAAUCUAAGUGUUACAAUCUUUGUGUAUAUUAUCUUCUGUAUAACAUAUAAGGUUAUUAAUGUACUGUCACUUGACCUGAUAUGGAUUUUAUACGUUGGCUAUGUUUUUUUUCCAUUGCUGUGAUUGGUUAUGUAAACUCUGUAUUUAACCUUUAGAGUAGUAGUAGUCAUUUAAAUUUUCUAACAUAGCCAUUCAAAGGUAGCUAUUAUCCCAUCCUUUACCUCUUGUGUAGCCUCUGAAAUGCAGAGCCCUUUUGUAUUUGAAGGAAGGGGGCAUUAAGCAGAUGUUUAAGGAGCUUUUUUUAAUAAAAUUCUUAGCUAUUUCCAGUGUUUUUACGAAUAUUUUAGGCAGAAAGGAUUGGCAAGCCACUGACAUAGUACUUGAGUGGAAUACAUUAUCUCUUGGUAAUUCUUGCUGGUAAUUGCCCAUACUAUCAAUUCCUUGUUCAAAACAGAUUUCCAUAAAAGAAAACAAAACAAAAAAAAAAAAAAGUUGAACUGAUACAAACUGCUUUUUUUUCAGCAACAGCCUGAAGAACUCUUCUGCCAAAAUCAUCUGUAAAUGAGAAUGAUAAAUCUUAAUGUAUCAUGAAAAAUGAUGCAAGGACAAUGUAGUUAGCACUUCCAUCAGCUGUCACUACUUCAGGUCUGUUAUAUUAAGAAUUGAUUGCGUUCUCUUAUGAAAAUGCCACUAACAGGUGGUGGGACUUCUUCAUUGAUUUGUUAACUAAAUAAUGGUGAAUGUAGAGGAUAGUUAAAAAUUUUGUCUAAAUCUGUUUGCCAGCAUAAAUACAAAAACCUAUGAAAAGGUUGUCUAGGCAAAAACUGGUAACUUACGUAGCCUAUGCAGUCUGCCCCAGAUGAGUUGAGUUCUGACAAAUGAACUUUUACGCUGGACUUGAAGAGUGCUUGAUAGCCAUGCUGACAUUUGGUAGAUUAGUUGGCAUUUAUUCACAGCACACACUUUGGCACAAUUUGUUGUGUUUAAUGUGGAGAUGUUUGUGACUAGAUUGGUUUUUCACGUUAAAGCUGAAGCAAAUUGCAAGGCUGUUGGGAAAAGGCAAAAUCAUAUGUUUAAGCACUCUGAUUAGUGCUAUUAGUAACUAAUUUUCAAGAGCACUAAAAAGAUGAAAAACCCCACAAAACAAAAAUACACUGUUAUGCUGCUUUUACUCAAGCCACCGGAAAAACCCUGAAAGAUAAAGGAAUAUGAACAUGGAUAUUUUAGUCCCAACUUUAUUUAAGACUGAGAGACUCUUGGGUUCUUUAGCCAUCUUUUAACAGCCUUCAGCUUAGUGACUUGAAGUCUAAAACUUUAGUUUGAAAUGGAAGUAAAAAGUUGAGCUUAAUUUGAAAAAAAAAAAAAAAAAGUGGGCUGGUUUUGUGGGGGGGGGGGUUGGGAACAUUCCGAAAAUGUGUUCAAAAUACAUUGCAUUUUAUGAUUGCGUAUUUCAGCAGUAAAAUAGCUAUUUUAUUUUUGGAUUAUAAUUUCAUGUUUUUCCUUCAGUUUAAUGUAUCAUACAGUAGCUUUGAACACUCAGGAAAUGCAGUAGUGUCCUAUAAUGCACUAUUUGCAAAACACCGGCUGUUAAGAAGACUAACCUGCAGCUAUCUAAGGGGGAACUGGGCAGAGGGAAUUAGUGCAAUUUACUUGAUAGUGACAUGGGCGUGCUAUUAACAGACAAUUGGAAACUUACCACACAACCCGAGUUCUAAAUAAAUUUCAAAAUUGAAAAUUUUUAAAA